GUUGUCAUUCUGAUAUUUAUUUUCAAGGUAGAUUCUAACCUACAAUUAACCAAUGUUGUGAAUCCGAACAAAACACGGUAUUUUCUUCAUUUUUUCGUACAAACUACUUGUUAAUUGCUACUAAAUCAUGUCAGCUGACUUUUAUUUACGUUAUUACGUUGGCCACAAAGGUAAAUUUGGUCACGAGUUUUUGGAAUUCGAAUUCCGACCUGAUGGAAAACUUCGAUAUGCAAACAAUUCCAACUACAAAAACGACACAAUGAUUCGCAAAGAGGUUUACGUACAUCCCUGUGUUAUGGAUGAGCUGAAAAGAAUCAUUUUAGACUCGGAAAUAAUGCAAGAAGACGAUUCUCUAUGGCCUCCACCUGACCGUAUUGGAAGACAAGAAUUGGAGAUUGUAAUCAAUGAUGAACACAUUUCAUUUACCACUUCAAAGACAGGGUCCUUAGUUGAUGUGAGUCAAUCAAAAGACCCAGAAGGACUAAGGUGUUUUUAUUAUUUAGUACAAGAUUUGAAGUGUCUUGUAUUUUCACUUAUUGGGUUGCACUUCAAAAUAAAACCCAUUUCAUAAG